CCCUCAUGGAUGCAGAGUACACAAUCGACGAGUGCGUCCAACUGCUAGCAUCCUAUCUCACCAAUCCAUGGCAGCGGCAAAGAGCUCCAAAGGGGUUUGACGAAGCUUUGACAACAGCGCGCUCUGAAUCAACUUCCACCGCCCGAGUGUUCCUGGACGCAGGUUUUCAUGCCUGGUUGGCUUAUUUCCUUGCCACGGAGCACGAAGGUCGUCAUCACAAGGGGCAGAGCGCCAAACGCAAAGCCAUUACUGCUCUUCAACAAUUUCCAAUCGAACGCCAAAACCAAGUCGCAAUGGCAUUGGCCAACGUAGACGCUCAUCCCACCGUUCAAUCAGCGAUUGAGGAUUUACGGCAUCCUAAACGCCGUCGACUUACAGACGCAACGAUGAGCGUGACGAGCACGACAUUGACGCAGACUGCGUCGCCUCCAAUGGCCGAUAUACACGAACCCGCGACGCCCACCAUCACUGAACCGACAGUCUACAAUCCUGAGCACCGAUAUACGCCUAUAGGCAUGUGGAAAGCGUUGUCAAGUGCCAGCAUUGAAGCAUCCAACCAAGAGCAGACGCUUACGGGUGCUAAAAUUAAUGGCCUCGUAUCUGUCUUCCCACAGUGGAUCGUCCGCGCCAUUCGGAAAGGACAUGGUGUUGGGGUAACGAUGGUUUUUCCAGCGAAUCUUCCUACUGGAAGGGUGCAGUGUCUCAUGAGUCUUGCAAUUUCCCCAGAUAAAGUACAACGACUUGCGUCCGUCUUGUUUGACAUACAUCUUGAAAUAGAGGAUGGCUUCCGCUUUGUUGUUCAUAACAAUACGGUGCGAAUAAGCCCGAGACCUGAAAUUUACCUACAAGGCGCUGCAGAGAAAGCAAUCAUCGAAUGUCUUGGUAGAAUAUUAAGCAAUUAUCUAAUACUAGAAACUAAAGAAGAAAAGUUAAGAGAACCUCUAUAA